UUUUGAAAAUUCUAAGUUGCUGUAGAAGAAGGAGAAUCUGGAGAAAGUCAUGGACAAAUUGAGAGAAGGAAUUGUGAAAAUGUCCAACAGUGAACCUAAUGCGCCAUUAUCAGAGGCCCAGAACUCGAUUCUUCAACAGCACCUUGAUCGUUUAAUGUCUGGUCUUCAGACUACUCCCGAUCAUCCUCCUUAUGCUUGGAUGAUUGAAAAGGCGUUGCAGGAAUUGGACGAAGAAGGGGGUUCUAAUGAAGACUCGAUAUCUGAGUUUAUCAUGAAAAAUAAUGACAGUUUGCCGAGGGCUCAUACGACAAUGCUGAAACAUCAUCUGGAGAAGAUGUGUGAAAGGGGGGAAAUUGUUAUGAUUGAUGGAGGACGGUUUUCGCUUCCUGGUGACAGCAAAAACUCGAAUCCAACGAGAAAAGGAAAGAGCAAGAAAAGGGGGAGUUCGUCAAAUACACAAAAGAAGCAGCAGCAAAAGGAAAAAGAGGAGGAUCCUCGACAUGUGGUGCAUUUAGAGCAACCGAAAAAACAGGGUCGUGGGAGGCCUGCUAAGAACAAGGAGGACGGGGGCAAAAAAGGUGAUGGCACAACUUCAGCAUUGGCAACAAAGGAACCAGAAGAUAAGCGUGAGGGGGCUCUCAAGGGCCAGGAAGACGUGGAUGAUCCAGAUGCUGUACUUCUGAAGGACUUGAGAUGCAAAAUGAUGAAGGACUAGGAAAGCGUUGGAAGGCACAGUAAAGUAGCAUUCCCUGAAGUUCAAGUGUUAGCGGAUAUAUUUUAGUUGUUUGUAUUUCUCUAUAUACAAUAUUGUAAUUCGAACUAAUAGUGUUAGUUAUUAGACAGAAGCUAUAGUAUUAUUUACUAGUCGAUUGUAGUUUUC